UUAUCCUAUCCCCACCACCUCGACAUCCUGCAACGAAUUCCAACACCGGAAGAUCGCAUCCCUGUUUCAUUUUGCAGAGCACACAGGCCAAAUCAGCAAGCUGAACGAUGGCUCUUCCACCUGGACUGCGAGCCCUGGCGAUUGGGGACCCCCAGGCACCUCACUGUCUCGAGUUGUACGUGGACUUUACGUGCCCCUUCAGCAAGAAGCAACUGUCCGGUGUGAAUGAGCACCUCUUGCCCCUGAUCAGCAAUUCUGGAGCAUACAACAACAAAGUUCGCAUUCUCCUACGUCCCUAUCCUCAACCAUGGCACAGUACCAGUCCUUUGCUCACCGAAGCCGCAGUUGCAGUGGCCAGAUUGGCCAAACCAAGAGGUACAAGUUCGGAGUACGAAGCGGAAUGGCAAAAACUUUGCAAUGCCGAGGAGAAUGCUGCUUGGGUCUUUGCAAAGGCUCUGUUCGAGGAGCAGGAAAAGUAUUUCGAUGGACCUGCGAAGAACAAGAAUGCUGAUCAGAUCCGAGCAGAGCUCGCCUCGCUGGUCAUCUCAACGCUCGGCGAAGCUCCCAAAGUGACCAAAGGCAGACCUCUGCUGCAAGCUCCGGAGAAGGGUGUUCCCUUGGGUCAAGCCAUCAAGAAUCUCCUCAGGGUGGAGAAGGAAGGCAAUGCGGGAUCUCAAGUGGUUGGAGAUGUAAAGUGGUGCGUCAAGAUGGGGAGACAAAAUGGAAUUCACGUUACUCCCACCGCUGUCUGGGAUGGUCUCGUUCAGCCUGCCAUCUCGUCCUCCUUUGGUGCAGAAGAGUGGAAGAAGUUCUUGGACGAGCAAGUAGGCGGGAAUUGAGCUCGCACGCACUUAUACACGAUCACGUUCAGCGCUGUAACGCAGGUGCAUCGAGGCACUCGACUUUGUGUCAUCAAAUGGGUCUCAUUGCAACGUGCUGUUCGGAUCUUGGUUGAUACGUGGGGAAAUCGCGUGCUCGAACACAGCAUCCACGCUUGGCGUACCGUGUAGCGAGCGCUUUGCUCAGCGCAAACGAUGAGCGACAUGACCGCUGCUGGUUGUGCGCUGCAUGGCGUCUACAAGGCUAGAAUCAGCCAGCUGCUGGAUCAUCGCAUCUUCAUCGAGAGCCGCCUGCUUUCGCAAGUUCCUGAUCGCAAAAGAAAGAUAUUUCGAACAACGUCAGCAAGCGCGUCGAUCUCGACCAGUCUGCAUUUCGCUUCUCACU